CCUAUCCGCGCGCCGUGGCGAAAUGAAAAUUUCCCUAAGUGCCCGCGCACAUCUCUCCCUCGCGCCAUCCACCCUCCUCUUCUCUAACCCUAACCCAUCUGGACAACUCCCCCCGCCGCCACCCACCCUUCACCCAUUCGAUUUCAUUCCCGUACUUCUUUCUACCGCAGCUAACCCGCCAAGGCCGCCGCCGUGGCGCCGCGGCGUCAGAUCUGGAGGCCAUCGUGACCCGCGACCCCAAGCUCUCUGCCGCUGGAUCUGGCCGCCCCUGUCCUCUCUAUUUCCCUUCUCCCCUCUCUUUCUCUCCCAUUAAUUUCUAUAUCCCAAUCUCUCUUUCUGCAGGCAGCCCAAGACCUGAUCGAGGUCCAUUCACGGGCGGAAGCUCGACUUGCAGAUCAUCAGCCAACAGCCUGUUCACCCAUCGCCCCUGGAGUACCUCAAGAACUGGACACCGAGCUUGUAAUGGCUACCUGGCUACCUACCCUCUUUGGCCACAUCUGCCUGCUCGAGAUCCGCGUCCCAAGCGGCUUCGCUGUCGAAGACGACUUCUCCGCUGCCGAGCAGUCUAUUUUCUAUGGUGGUGUCGAGAUUCAUGAUAGACACAGGGAUAUGCGUCUCGACAUAGCAAACAGAUCUUAUGAGGAGAAACCUCCCUACGUCACUAAGGUUGAGAAGCUUUGUUCAAGUUCCACCAAGUGGAUGGAUGUAAUAGCCUACGGUGGAAGCUUUCUUGGACUGGUGUUGGUAAGUAGCCACCUGUUGCGAUGUGAUGCUGGACGGAACGGUGCACAUGGGGAGAAGUCUGGCAUGUUGCCAUGUCGCUGGUGGACGGAAGAGGUCCUGAUGAUGUAGCAGCAUAAAGGAGACCUGGAGGUUUGGAGCUGAGUUCUAGCCGGCCGGAAGGACAUCCUUUGUCUUCUGCCGAUGAUGGAUGUUGCCUAGGAUUGUGGUCAUGCGCUGGGUUUACAUUUCGUUCUACAUUUGGCUUGUACAUGUGAUAUGAACUGUGUGUUAAUUAUGUCUCUUUUCAAAAUAAUUUUGUGUAUUUUUCAGUUUUGAUUAAAUUAUCUGUUGUUUAGUUA